GUUUUUUUUUUUAGGGAAUUCCAUUUUGGUUUUAAAAUUGUCAACUAUACAUAUCUUCACAAUACUACGACUAUGAAAAAGUCAAUUUUUAUUUUAAUAUUGUUAAAAUAUAGUCAACUUCAUUAAAGAAAAAAAAUGUAGGAGUGUAAUGUAUUUACACAUUAUAUAGACAUGCGACCAUUUUCCAAUUCCAAUAGUUUUUCAAGUGAUCCAUAACGUUUAGUCAUAAUUUCCAAAUAUAUUAAUUUGGUGUCCUUUUCUUUUUGCAAGCUUAAGUUCUAAGGAAAAUCCAUUUUUACAUACUAUAUUGUUUUUCAAUUUUAUUUGUUUUUAGAUCUUUAACAAAAAUCAGUUUUUCCGUUGAUCAUUAAAAUCUGAGGGGCGCGAGACUAAGAAACUGAAGUGCCGAAGACCAUCGGAAAAAAUCUAUCGCGGAAAAUUCCGGCCGAUGAGCGGGAGCAGCGGCAGCUCCGGCGGCGUAGCACCGGCGGAGAGGGAGAAGAAGAAGGAGAAGGCGCGGGUGAGCAGGACGUCUCUGAUUCUGUGGCACGCACAUCAAAACGACCUCGCGGCCGUGAGAAGGCUUUUGGAGGAGGAUCCCUCGCUGGUGAACGCCAGAGACUACGAUAAUCGGACUCCUCUCCACGUCGCGGCGAUCCACGGCUGGGUCGACGUUGCCAAGUGUCUUCUCGAGUACGAAGCUGACGUUAACGCGCAGGAUCGAUGGAGGAACACGCCUUUAGCUGAUGCUGAAGGAGCAAAAAGAUCUCGGAUCAUUGUAUUACUAAAGUCGUAUGGAGGGCUGUCUUAUGGCCAGAGUGGAAGCCAUUUUGAGCCAAGGCCUGUUGCACCCCCUCUACCUAAUAAGUGCGACUGGGAAAUCGAGCCUUCUGAGCUAGACUUCGCAAGCUCGACUCUGAUAGGGAAGGGCUCUUUCGGGGAGAUACUAAAAGCGGGUUGGCGAGGAACACCUGUCGCUGUCAAACGCAUCCUGCCCAACCUUUCAGAUGAUAAAUUGGUGAUCCAGGACUUCAGGCAUGAGGUCAAUUUGCUUGUGAAGCUUCGUCAUCCAAAUAUUGUCCAGUUUUUAGGAGCUGUUACUGAAAGGAAGCCCUUAAUGUUGGUUACAGAAUACUUGAGAGGGGGUGAUCUGCAUCAGCAUCUAAAGGGAAAAGGGUCCCUCAGUCCAUCAACUGCGGUCAAUUUUGCACUAGAUAUUGCCAGAGGCAUGGCUUAUCUCCACAGUGAGCCAAAUGUUAUAAUACACAGAGAUUUGAAGCCAAGGAACGUUCUUCUUGUCAACUCAAGUGCCGACCAUCUAAAAGUAGGAGAUUUUGGGUUAAGCAAGCUCAUAAAGGUGCAACAUUCUCACGAUGUGUACAAAUUGACUGGCGAGACUGGAAGCUAUCGUUAUAUGGCGCCCGAAGUUUUCAAGCACCGGAAGUAUGAUAAGAAAGUUGACGUGUACUCUUUCGCAAUGAUACUAUAUGAGAUGCUUGAAGGUGAGCCACCAAUGUCGGCUUAUGAACCAUAUGAAGCUGCCAGAUAUGUGUCUGAAGGACACAGACCAAUGUUUAGGGCAAAAGGCUACACACCUGAAUUGAGAGAGCUAACGGAGCAGUGCUGGGCACCAGACAUGAAUCAGAGACCUCCCUUCUUGGAGAUUUUGAAGAGACUUGAAAAGAUUAAGGAAGCGCUGCCAUCUGAUCAUCACUGGCACCUCUUUUCAUCUUAGCUGAGCUGCUCAUUUGUAUGUACGCAAACUAAUUUCUCUGUUUCAAUUUGCAGCAGAACGUGUGGGUUUGUGAAUAGAUUACAGCAAAGGUUAGCUACACUUGUUCAGCUGUAUGAAGUUUAUUUUUGACAUUGGGGAAUCUUCAUCUCGCAAAUGCUUAUGUUGUCAGGUUCCCCAACUUCUUACACCCAUUAGUAACUCCAAUAGUCAUGUUGUUUAUCUUUCUUAAUUUAUUUGAUUUUUACACCGGUUGUGGCUGAUAUAUUCAACAGUUUGAUGGAGUGAAUUUUGAAAUUUAUUCAAAUUGUAAAGCUCAUAUUCUGGUUUC